GAGAAGUGGACAGAAUAUUUAAAUGAUACUUUAUUAAUCUCCUUGUUCUUCUUUGACUAAAACAAAUGUUAAAAAUCCGGAGUUGUUUAUUUAAAGGUUAUUAUUCUGUUGUGUUACUGGUCCGGUUCCUUGAGAUCAAACUUAACUAGAAUGAGUUGGACCCUUUUUGCUUUGAAAAUCCCGUCCGGAAGUGACUGGUCAGCGGCAGACCGGAAGUCAGCGGCAGACCGGAAGUCAGCGUCAUCCGACGUAGCGCGAUCUGUGCGGAAGUGUUUCAAAUGCAAAAUGGCGGACGAGGCGACGCGUCGCGCGGUGUCCCAGAUCCCGCUGCUGAAGACGCAUGCGGGGCCGCGGGACCGCGAGCGGUGGCCGGUGCGACUGAAGGAGGAGUACCAGGCCCUGAUCCGGUUCGUGGAGCAGAACAAGGCGGCAGAUAACGACUGGUUCCGCCUCGAGUCCAACGCGGACGGCACGCGCUGGACCGGGACGUGCUGGUUCAUCCACGAGCUGCUGCGCUACGAGUUCCGGUUGGAGUUCGACAUCCCGGUGACGUACCCGGACACCGCCCCCGAGGUGGCGAUACCAGAGCUGGACGGGAAGACGGCGAAGAUGUACCGGGGCGGGAGGAUCUGCCUCACGGACCACUUCGCGCCGCUCUGGGCCCGGAAUGCUCCCCGGUUCGGGCUCGCGCACCUGAUGGCGCUCGGUCUGGGUCCGUGGCUCGCGGUGGAGGUCCCGGACCUGGUCGGUAAGGGGCUUGUGAGCCACAAGGAGCGGCAGCGCGAGGCGACGGCCGAGUGACGUCAUCUGGCGUGUCAACGAGACUGUGUGGUGACGUCACGUUAGUGCAUUCACAGACUGGACUACAAACAGGGACUUCUCCCAUGAUGCACCACGAGUAAACAAGCUGCACCACUUCCUGUUUGUUCUAACGGACCAAUGAGAGUAAAGAAGAAAUAUAAAUAAAUUCUCACUCACAAAAACAA